AUGGCCAAUGCAGCAGCCCUAGCAUACAAUGUAGCAAGUUUCAUCUGCGCCUUGUUCGUGCUUGAAUUUGGCGCCGACAGAUUCAUCGACCAUACCGCCAUUGUUGCCGAGCGCACAGGCAUACCCGAAUCCAUCAUCGGCUUACUCACCGCAGGCGCCGAGUGGGAAGAACUUGCUGUUGUCGUAAUAUGCAUCUUGCAAAAACGAUCUUCACUUGCCAUUGGCAACAUCGUUGGCUCGAGCAUCUCGAACAUCCUGGGUGCCUUUUCGCUGGGCUUGAUCUUCCGCAGCAAUGAGGAAGACGCAGUAUUUGAUUCGAGCGCUAGGGUUUAUACCCUGGUUAUGCUUUUAAUUACUGGUCUGGUUAUUGGUCUGCACUUUCUAGAAUCUCCAAUGGUAUUGAGAGUCUUCGGUGGCAUCUUGAUCGGCAUAUUCGUUCUCUAUGUUGGCUCUGUUGCUUACCUGAUCACCAAGGGUCGCUUGGUUGCGCCCGAGUCAGACAGCGAUAGCGACAGCGACAGUGAGAGCGAUUUCGAUGAGAACAGCAACGUCAACAAUGUCGGCGACAGUCAAGUCAACUCAACAACUCCCCUCUUGGCAACAGAGCAGAACAUGUCUAGCUCGCGCCACAAGCACAGCGCAGCUUACCACAUCGCAUCCCUAUUCCUUGGCUUCCUGGCAAUCCUGCUGAGCAGUUUUGUCCUAUCAAAUGCUUCCUCAUCCAUCGCGCACGAGACCGGCUUGUCAGAAGUACUUUUCAAAGUUGUAUUUCUCUCCAUCGCAACAACGCUACCAGAGAAGUUUAUUGCAGUCAUGAGUGGAAGCCGCAAUCGCACAGGCAUUCUGGUCGCGAAUACUGUUGGAAGCAAUAUCUUCUUGCUUACCCUGUGUAUGGGGAUUCUCUGGGUUAGUAGGGCUGGCAAGUUCGACAGGGGUACUGUUAAUGUUGUCGAGUUGUUUGUGCUUUUGGGCUCGUCGCUGUUCAUGACUGUUGUUGUCUGGUUUGGCGCGAGAUGGAGUCGUGCUGCUGGUUUACUCAUGCUUGUUGCAUAUCUUGCUUUCUUGGUCUUGGAGCUUACGACCAUUCGUCAUGGUUGA